AGAGAGAGAGAGAGAGAGAGAGAGAGAGUUGCUCUCACUUUGCAGCUGAUCGACACACGAAGUCAGCAGUUGGACCGGCUGCAUGAGGACACGGCGGUGUGGUCAUGUCUGGAUUCUUUCUGCCUGUGCUUUUGCUCCUCCCCCUGGUGGCCUCUGUCCCCUCCCCCUCCAGGUUGCCACCCAAAUACUGCCGCAGAUGCUGCGAUCACCUGGAGCCGCCCCUCAGCCCCUCCUCCCGCCCCGUGACCUAUCAGGCACCAGAGGUUCGCACCUUCAUUAACAUGACCAUUCUCAAAGGAGAUAAAGGAGAUCGAGGUGAGAGGGGUACUCCUGGAAAGGCUGGGGCUGAAGGACCUCCAGGCUCUAGAGGGGUGGUGGGCCCUAAAGGCAGCAAAGGCCAGGCAGGAGCGCCCGGGGAUCCCUGCAAGACCCAAAAUUCCGCCUUCUCAGUGGGCCGCCGGAAGGCCCUCCACAGCGUGGAAUACUACCAGGCGAUGCUCUUCGACACUGUCUUCGUCAACACCGGUGAACACUUCAACAUGUUCAAGGGGAAGUUUUACUGCUACGUGCCAGGCAUCUACUUUUUCAACAUCAACAUCCACACCUGGAACUUCAAGGAGACGUACCUGCACCUGAUGCACAACGAGCGUGAGCAGGUGAUCCUGUACGCCCAGCCCAGCGACCGCUCCAUCAUGCAGAGCCAGAGCGUCAUGCUGAAUCUGGAGCUCAACGACGAGGUGUGGGUGCGGCUCUACAAGCGUGAGCGGGAGAACGCCAUCUACAGCGACGAUGUGGACAUCUACAUCACCUUCAACGGCUACCUGGUAGCUCCAACAGUUUAGAAAUGCCCUCAAACAAAUUGAUUUCCAAAUGUCCAAAGUGGAUUAAGGUUUCUUUCAGGUUCUCUCAGGGAAGAUGUGUGAAUGGUGUUCUCUGGAGAAGACGCAAACUGCAAACAAUACCAUGCUAGGUCUUUCAUUAGGUAUGUUUAGCCAUAAUGACAUAGAAU